CCAAUGUCACCCCAUGUCAUAUGUCAAACAAUUAGGGCUCCGCUACACACAUUAGGAUUCCGCUAUUGCUCAAAUAUGAGUAAAAAAGCGCUCGUUUUUCUCGCCGGUGGCGCCGAAGAAAUGGAAGCUGUCAUCGCAAUUGACGUACUUCGCAGAGGCGGCGUGGACGUAACAGUGGCAGGUCUGCCUGACUCCAACAUCGUCACCUGUAGCCGUGGCGUCAACCUCAAACCCGACAUUUCAAUUUCUGAAGUCAAAGGCCCUUUUGAUGCAAUUGUUUUACCUGGAGGGCUAGGAGGGGCUAAGGCUUUAGCCUCGUCUCAGAAAGUAGGACAGUUAAUUAAGGAGCAGGAGGCGGCAGGGCGACUCACGGGGGCGAUUUGUGCAGCACCGACGGCGUUGAAGGCACAUGGGGUUUAUGUGGGGAAAACCCUAACGUCGUACCCAGCCAUGGAAGCGCAGAUGGUGGACGGGGGUCAAUAUAAAUACAAAAAAGAACCAGUGGUCGUCGAUGGGACUUUAAUUACAAGUCAAGGGCCUGGAACAGCCUUUGUUUUUGCCCUAACUCUAGUCGAUAAACUUAUGGGAAAGGAAAAGGCUUCAGAAGUGGCCAAAGCCAUGCUGUUGUCUUAUUAACAAUUUAUUACUAUGGCACUAGAAACAUAAAUAAAUCAACAAUUAUUCGUUC